AGUUCGGUUAUGUUUAAAUUUGUGGUGUAGAAGCCCUCGUGGUUACACAGAUUUAAGAAAUAGCAAGUUUUUGGUUCUUCCCUCUCAAAAACUCCUACAAAGAGUUAAAAAUCAAGUUCAUCAAGAGGCAGGAUUCUCUAAAGAAGUGCUUCAUUGGAUGAGGAAUGAAGCCCAGCUGAAGAAAAUUCCACCAGAGGGGUUAGAGGGCGGCCUAAUAUUUGACGAAAUGUCUGUUCAAUCAGACCUACAAUUCAAGAAAAAAGAUGGUGAAAUUCAAUUAAUUGGAUUCUCAGAAUGCACUCCUGAGUCCAUUGUUUUUAACCAGAUCUCGUCAAGUAAAAAACAGUUACCUUUAGCAACACAUGCCCUCCAACUCCUUUUUUUGGGGUUUACAGGGUUCAGAUUCCCAUUUGCCCAUUUUCCCUCAACUACAGCCUCAGGACAUGAACUUUACUUGUUGCUUUGGGAAUCUGUGAAUAUGUUAUCAAGUUUUGGUUUUAAAAUACAAUAUAUAAGUACCGAUGGGGCUCAGUCCAACAGAGACUUAUUCAAGCUUUUACUACCAGAAUUUAGCACAAUGAACCCAGUAACUUGCUCAUUCAAAAACAUAUAUUGUCUAGAUAACCCCCAAAUUUUUUUCAUAAUGGACAUCUCCCAUGUGAUAAAAAAAAUUCGCAAUAACAUAUUGAAAAGUGGUACUGAUGCUAGCUGCAAGAGACAUUUAAUGCUCGGUGAUAAGUACAUUGAGUGGAAUCAUUUUAGGAAAGCUUAUAUAUGGGACAUAUCAUCUCAUGCAUUUCCAGUACACCAUAAAUUAUCCCAAGAACACUUGUUUAUGACACCUGAGGCCAAAAUGAGGAAUCACUUAGCUGAGGAUGUUCUAGAUGGGAAUAUGCUACAUCUCAUGGAACUUUAUCAAGAGAGUCUUGGAUUAGAAGGGUCACAACUGGAUGUGACAGUUAAACUCCUAAAAUGUACUAGUGUCCUCAUUAAAAACUUCAGAGAUACUAGACCUGUCACUGAUGUAAGUGAUGAUCGUUUGAAAGAAAAUCAUGAUGCAAUGGAUUGGUUCGUACAGUGGGAGAAUAGCAUAAAAAACAACAAAACAAUAAAAAAUAAAGAAAAGCAUUUAAUUUCACACCAGACUAGACAAGACAUUAUAUCAUCUGUGCUUGGUUUUGAGGAGCUCUGUCUUUACAAACUGAAAAAAUCAAAUGCCUCCAUUAUUCCAUCCAGAACAAACAGUGAUGUUAUAGAAAAUGUUUUUUGUCAACAGAGGACACUACAUAAUGGGGCUAAUACCAAUCCUACCUACCUAGGAUACUGCAACACAUUGAAUUCUGUUAUUCUAGGACAGGCCUCUGUAUCGAGGAAAUCAAACACUGGGGGAGCCUUGGGAGGUGCUGAAUUGCCAGAACAACAUCCAAAAAGAAGCUCAGAAGGAAAGGUUGUGGUGAAAGGCCAGGUCCAGAUGAUACAGAGCCAGCGGGAGUCAGAUCAGCAUAUGAAGGUUGAGAGUUACUAGGUCCUGCCUGUUCAGUGUCAAGUACAGAUUGAUUGGAUGCAUGAACAUUUUCUAGAAUUC